AUGUCUUUAGAUAAAAAAUGUGUAAAAUUAACUCAAAAUGUCUUUGAUAUUUGUAUUGCAGAUUUCUACCGCAUGGAAGUUAUAGAUCCACCUUUUAAUAACAAAAAGACUAAUGUUAUAAAACAAGACUUACUUGAAAUUCUUACUAAUAACUUUCAAUUAAUAAAAAAUACAGAAAAGAAAGGUUUAGAAAAUAAAGAUCUUAAGGUAUUGUUUAACAAUUUGAGUCAUUUAGUUUUAGGGAAAGAAGAUUGGAAUGAAACGAAUAAAGGAGAAGCAGCUAAACUUUUGUAUGGUAUUAAUUAUUGGGUACUAAAAGAUGGUGGACCAAAAAUUAUUGACUUUAUGAUUUUGAAUGAUGUUCAUGUCGAAUUCGUGUUUUUAUUUACACAACUUUUUGAUAAAUAUUUGUAG